AUGAUUUGGCUCACCAGCAGAAGAAGCAAUACUAACACAUCGUCAGCACAUUCUCAUCUUCUGACUUUCUUCAAGCAGUUUACAGCAAAGAACAAGAUUGAGGUGCAAAAUGCUGAGAAUGUGCAGAUUUCACUGAGGCCCAAACAACACUGGGUUCAUGUGCCCAGUCAAUGGGAAAUCAAUAUAACAGAUCGUCUAACUGUCAGUGAGCUGGACAGGAUGAUACAUGCAGCAAAGAGUUCAAGAGUUGUCCAGCCUUCUGUCUGUGAAACUGGCUGCUGGUCCAACCGAUACAGAGCUAUCAAUUCCAUGUGCAACAACAGGAGGACUCCGUAUCUGGGAAUACCCAACAUGCCAUUUACUCGUUGGCUUCCAGCUGAAUAUGAAGAUGGAUUUUCCCUUCCAAAAGGCUGGAUACAGGGGAAACUUUACCUGGGAUUCCCUCUGCCACCGGUCAGAGAAGUUUCCAACAAGAUCCUGAAAGCAUCCAUUGAAAACAUCGUUUCAGAUUCUGAAAGAAGUCGAUUAUUUGCACAAUGGGGCCAGUGGAUUAGUCAUGACAUAAGUUUAACUCAACCAUCCAACAAUAUCCAGGCCUUCAGCAAUGGCAUCAACUGUGCGACUUCAUGUGUUCAGAAAGCUCCUUGUUUCCCCAUUAAGGUAACUUGUGGUGACCUUCAGGCUACAGACACUCGACAGUGCCUUCCAUUCACCCGUUCGGCUCUCACAUGCCGCUUGGGAUUUGGGAACAGGAAUGGAUGUGAGCAGAUCAAUGAACACACAGCUUACAUCGACGCCUGCAAUGUUUACGGCAGCACAGAAAACCAGGCAAAGAAGCUCAGAAAUUUCACCAAUGAUCUGGGCUUGCUGAAAGUCAACCCUACCUUUUCAGACCACAACCUGCAGUAUUUGCCUUUCAGAAAUGUUAGCCAGACAAAUGUUUGUCCAAUGGCCUACAACAAGUACUUAUGUCCCAGUAUUAAUAUUCCCUGCAUGCAAGCUGGCGAUGGCCGAGCAAAUGAAAAUUUGGGACUGUUGGCAUUCCAUACAAUAUUUCUACGGGAACAUAAUCGUUUAGCGAGGGAGCUGAAGAGACUGAAUCCACACUGGAGUGGAGAAACCAUCUAUCAGGAGGCGAGGAAAAUCAUUGGAGCUUUUCAUCAGAUUAUAACCUACAGGGAUUAUAUUCCGCGAGUAAUUGGAAAGCAUGCAACAAGGAAGUACUUAUCCGAAUAUCAAGGCUACAAUGAAUCUGCCGAUCCCAGACUUGCUAAUGUUUUUGCUACAGCUGCCAUGCGCUUUGGGCAUGUUACUGUGCAACCAAUGGUGAAACGUUUCAAUGAAAUAUACCAGGAGGACCCAAAAUAUCCCAGCAAAUUCCUGCACAAUACUUACUUUACUCCGAGGAAUCUAAUCGAGGAAGGAGGUAUUGAUCCAAUAAUCCGCGGUUUAUUUGGUUACCCGGCCAAAUUGCAGACCCAAGAUGCAAUGAUGACAGAUGAGCUGAGGGAGAAGCUGGUUAUAUCAGAGCAUCAGAUGAAUCUGGACCUAUCUGCCAUUAACAUACAGCGAUCCAGGGACCAUGGGCUCCAAGGUUACAAUGCAUGGCGAAAGUUCUGUGGACUAUCUGAUCCCCGUGGUCUCUUUGAUCUUUCAUUCAUCCUCAAGAAUAUGGAACUUGCAUCUAAUCUCCUCGAAUUAUAUGGAACGCCAGAGAACAUUGACGUGUGGGUCGGGGGAAUCUCUGAACCCUUUGUGGAAGGUGGCAGGGUGGGCCCAUUGUUUGGCUGCUUGAUAGGACGACAGUUCAAGAACCUCCGCGAUGGAGACAGAUUCUGGUGGAAAAACAAAGGAGUUUUUACUGCUAAGCAACAGCAAGCUCUUCAACAGGUCUCAUUCUCUGCCUUCAUCUGUGAUAAUACCAGGAUUGAAAAUGUUCCUAGGGAUGUACUUACAUUCAGACCAUACCCGGAAGCUUUUGUCAGGUGUGAUCACAUACCACGGGUAGACCUGAGUGCCUGGAGAGAAAUGGUUGAUGGAACCUCUUGUGGAGCCAUCCCUUUGGUCUCUCAUGCCCAUUUUUCAGUCUGCGAAUCCUUGGUCACAUACACCUGCCGAUCUGGAUUCGAACUGGUGGGAGGAGACACAAUAAAAUGCCUGAGAAAUGGACUGUGGCACUCUGCACCGCCUACUUGUACUGAACUUCCUGGAAACCUGGACAAAAUACAAAAAGAAGAUGAAAAUGAACCUGGCUCAGCAGAAUUGGACCAGGUUACAGACUUUGUUGACGGUUCAGGAGAUAGUCAUUGGGCUGCAGUCUAACGCCACAUGUAUUCAGCCUGGCAGAAAUGAAAUAAGGGGGGUGGAAACUGGAUUAAAGCUCAGGGUUUCCUGGACGAAGAUGAAAUUUAUCACUCGUUAUUGCAAAUACAAACUCAGGUGCUGAGGUGCAGUACAUGUCUAAAAAGACAGGAAUUUCCCACACUCUAUCUGUAGUAGGUUGAUCAUUAGCAGUCCACUCAGUCACCAGUUCAAAAUCUUUUGAUUCCAGAUCUGGUAUUUUAUGUUCAUUUGAUCCAGUGAUAUGAGUAACACUGACAAGGCAGCAAAUAUUGUGCAUGGUAGUUGCUGGGAGAGGAUGGUUGGCCUUUCUGGAACCUCUGCCUACUAUGGUAUGCUACCAAUCACCCAAUUAUAAUUUUAGUUAAUCUCAUGAUUUUCACCCAGAGAUAUUGAAGAGACUGUUUACACCAGUGAGUUGUAUGAAUAAAUGGGAGAUUGGAAUUCUGGUGAUCUCAAGGUAAUGCUGCUGAUAGCUUUCUGGGAUAUGUUGGUUGCCUGUUCCCUGUAAUUUCACUACAAUAAAACCACCAGGAAGUUAAGACUCAGUUCUUCCCAACCUAUUACUCCAACACUUGCAGAGAGUUGAUUCCAAACAUUUAGUGUCCAGUACAGAGUGCUAUAUAAAAUGUAUUCUCUGAAUGUGGUUACUUCCUCUAUGAAAUUAACCCCCCCUGAACUCAACAAGAACACUUUAAAGCAGAUGAUGAGAUUCAUGAGGCAUCAAACUCAGUUAGAGCAGGAUAGAUGAAUUGGAGCUAUUAUACAAGGCACUUCAUGUAAUAGUCAUAAAUGCAGCAUUUUCAGUUGUUUCUAUGUGGAUGAUAUAUCAAACUGAAGCUGCAUCAUUCUAAUUAAAACUGAGCUCUGUUCUUGUGUCUCCUAUGCCGUGUUCCCUCCUCCAUCAAUGAAACUCCUGCUGUUUGUGAGAACUGGCUCAACGAGACUUGCAUGCCUCAUUUGCCCUCAUAGUCAUGACGCAAGUUCAAUAACAUGUAAUCUGCUGUUGUCUAAUGCAUGUAAUCGUAUUUGUAAUUUGAUUAAUUAAUCUAUUCUUACUCUGCAUUAAAGUUGUUCCAAGCUAAUGCUCUGCCUUUUUAACUAUGACGAUAAAAUUCCAUUGUCAUUAUCUCUGCUUGUCAACGCUAUAAAGUGAAGCAGCAUUAAACAAU